AUGGUGAGCAAGACGUCCAACAACAAGGCCGCUCCCGCUUCCGAGACCAUGCCGCCGAUGCCGCCGCCGGCGUCGGCCCAGGACACCUUAGAGAACAACCCCCUCAUCGACGAGGACGACAUCCUCCGGCACCUCAUCCCCUUCGUCGCUGACAACGAGGGAUACCUCUUCGUGGCCGGCGUGGCCUCGACUUGGUACAAGGCUUGGGUCGGAGGACAGCUCCCGAAAAACACGUGCCUCGGAAACGUGGUCGAAUCGGCGUCUCGCCUAGCGUGGGCCAGCAGCAGGCUCGGCACCGGCGGCGGCACCGGCGGCGGCGCCGGCGGCGGAGCCAGCACCCCUUGGGUGUGGGACGAGAGCGUCUGCAGGAGAGCCGCCGCGGGAGGGCACCUGGGCGCUCUCAAGUACGCACGGAAGCAAGGCUGUCCCUGGGACGCAGCUUGCACCCGCGAGGCGGCGGCGGGGGGACACCUCUCGCUGCUGCGCUGGGCGCACGCCAACGGGUGCGAGUGGGACGCCUCCACCCCGGCGUGCGCGGCCAGGUACGGCGACCUGGACACUCUCCGGUUCGCCAGGAUGAACGGGUGCCCGUGGGACAAGACUACCUGUUCCGAGGCGGCGCGCGGUGGACACCUGGACAUUCUCAAGUGGGCGAGAUCCAAGGACUGCCCCUGGGACAAGACGGUUUGCGCAGAGGCGGCGAGGGCGGGUCACCUUGAAGUGCUUAAGUGGGCCAGAGAAGCAGGGUGCGAGUGGGACGCCGGCUGCCUGACCUGGGCCAGCGGAGGGGGCGAUCUUGACGUGGUCAAGUGGUGCAAGGAGAACGGGUGCGAGUGGAACACGACCAUGUGCGCUGCCGCAGCGAGGGAGGGCCACCUGGAGGUGCUGCAGUGGGCUAGAUCCAAGGGAUGCCCUUGGGACAAGACAACGUGUACUUCGGCCAUCUACGAGGGCCACCUCAACACCCUUCGCUGGGCGCGCGAGAACGGGGCCCCCUGGGAUGCGGACGCGUGCCGCUUCGCGGCGGAGCAGGGGCACCUGGAGGUCCUCAAGUGGUGCAAGGACAACGGCGGCCACCUCGACGCCAGGAUCUGCAUCACUGCGGCCGGAUCGGGACACCUCGAGAUGCUCAAGUGGGCGCGGUCCAACGACAUCCCCUGGGACGAGGAAGUGUUCGCUUCCGCAGCAUCGGGCGGGCACCUGGACGUCGUCAAGUACUGCUGGCAGAACAGGUGCCCCUGGAACGAGUACACGUGCGAGCUGGCGGCGGAGGGAGGCCACCUCGAGGUGCUCCAGUGGUGUCGGUCGAAGGGCUGCCCGUGGGACGAGGACGUGUGUGCCUUCGCGGCGGAAGAGGGCCACAUGGAGGUGGUCCAAUGGGCGAUCGAGAACGGGUGUCCUUGGGACAAGAGGGUCAGAGACUUCGUCCCCGGAGGCGCGUGCGGAGUGGCUGCUCUCCAGCAGCCGAGCGUCACCGCCGUGGAAGCAUCGUCCAACUCCGGCUCCGACGACGGCAGGGCUCGUGCCCAAGACGUGCAAUCCACGGCGCCCCCCACAAGCGCCGUCGAGGCCAUGGGAAACCCUAUUUGCUGA